UCUCUGGGUGGCCGAGCGCCGGUGGCUCGUGGCGGAGAGGAACCCCCCUCUUCCACCGAGUCCUAGGGCUGGGGGUGGGGGAGCGAACCUGAGAGGAAGAGUUGAAAAUAGUUUCUUCUUCCCCGCCCGUGGAAGACGUGGCCCGGCUUGAAGAGUCCUGGAGGACGUAGGGACGCAGCUCUUUGCAGACUGCCUUUCUUGUGUACACCUCAAACAUCAGAACGUAGUUGGAGUCCCAUCACAAUGGAUAAGUUUGUCAUUCGAACACCUAGAAUCCAGAAUAGCCCACAGAAGAAAGAGUCUGGUGGAAAGGUUUACAAGCAAGCCACGAUUGAAUCUUUGAAGAGAGUUGUGGUUAUCGAAGACAUAAAAAGGUGGAAAACUAUGCUGGAGAUUCCCGAUCAAACCACAGAGAAUCUAGUCGAAGCCUUGCAAGAAUUAAAGAAGAAAAUCCCCUCCAGAGAAGUGUUAAGAUCCACACGGAUAGGUCACACGGUGAACAAGUUGCGCAAACACCCGGAUUCAGGGGUGGCUGGUCUUGCCGACCAGGUUUACACCGAGUGGAAAACUUUCAUCGAGAAACAUCUGGAUAGACCUUCCAUUGAAGUCCGAAGUGAUCCAAAAACUGAGUCAUUCCGAAAAAAUGCCCGGAGGUUGCUGUCAGAAGCCUUGGAGUUAAAGAUGGAUCACCUACUGGCUGAAAGCAUUGAGCAGGAGACGUUUCAUCUCUGCUCCCGCCUCAUUAACGGGCCGUACCGGCGGACGGUGCGAGCUCUGGUCUUCACAUUAAAGCACCGAGCUGAAAUCCGGGAGCAGGUGAAGAGCGGGACGCUGCAGGUCGGCACGUUCGUGCAGAACCACAAAAAGUGACCCUGGCCAUGCUUCUUCGCCCCCCCCCCAAUCCCCCACGCCCCCCAAUCCCCCCUCCCCCGUCCCGGGCCUGGAGGAAAAUGGGCCUCACUUGGCCAUUCAAGAAACAAAAACCAACCUGCUUUCGGAGCCGGGCACUGCUGGCACACGCCUUUGAUCCGAUCACUCCGGAGGAGGCCCGAGGCAGGAGGAUCGCCGUGAGUUCGAGGCCACCCUGAGGCUGCCCAGGGAAUUCCACGUCAGCCUGGGCUAGAGUGAGACCCUACCCCGAGAAACUUUUUUAAAAAAGAGAGAGAGAGAAGUUUUGAGUUUGGGGGUGCCAUCCCUCCAGACAGGGAAACCCCCCCACCACCACCCGGGAGACAGGCCUGCAGGAGCAUGCCUCAUUACCCACUGUGCUCCGGCGCCGCCUUAACAGGACGCACACCGGCUGUCACGAGGAAGCGCCAUACGGUUGCCAUCCCCCAGCACAGAGGAAGGGUGACGGAUUUCACCGUGCCUAUGCCAAGGACACCCGCAAGCUCCCCCUCCAAGUCAGACGGAUGAAGUGACUACUUUUAUUUCGCCACCCUGCAGGCAACUGAAACUCAAUUACCGCUGCUCACUCGGUUCCAUCCCCCCGAGUUUAGACAGCUCCAGCCCCUCUCAGAACUCCUGGGUGUCUGUCUCUUUGCUGUCCCCCAGGGGUGAGCCUACCUGAGCCCUGCUUGACAGCCACUCCCUUAUCUGAGCCUUUCAGCUCUCCCCGGCAGACCCCGCCACGGUCUCUGGAGCCCCCAUGCUGAGGCUUCUAAUGAGGAGCUGACCCCAAGCUUUCCCACACGCACCCCGGGCUUUAUUUGAAUCCUGCCUCCGCGGAAGAUGCAUAAUGGAAUCGCUCUUGCAGAGGCGCGCGGCGGCUGGCAAAAGCUCGCAGAGAUUUUCGAGGGAAAUACCUACGGACCAGCCUGCUCAAACGAUUAUGGAAAUGGUACUUGCUUUUUGUAAAAAGUAAUAAUAAACGGAGACGUGUGCUCUAAAUCAGAAA